UUCCACACGAGAAACUCUUUCAGAAUUAGAGGCGAGGAAGUCAGCGGCCUGUGCUUCCCCUGAUACCGGGUUCAAGCAAGGCCUCCACCCUUCUUGCUACUUCUGAGUAAACUAGGCCUCUGUUGCUCUUUUUCUUGACAUUCUAAGGAUUUGCCAAAACCUGUUUCAUGCAUGUCCACUGGAGGCAGGUUUGACUUUGAUGAUGGGGGGUCGUACUGCGGGGGGUGGGAGCAGGGAAAAGCUCACGGUCGAGGGGUCUGCACGGGGCCACAGGGUCAGGGCGAGUACGCAGGAGCGUGGAGUCACGGCUUUGAGGUCCUGGGUGUGUACACAUGGCCCAGUGGGAACAGCUACCAGGGCACCUGGGCGCAGGGUAAACGGCACGGUAUCGGAGUGGAGAGCAAGGGCCGUUGGGAGUAUAGAGGGGAAUGGACACAAGGCUUUAAAGGCCGCUAUGGGCAGCUGGAGAGCACGGCCAGCGGCGCCCGCUAUGAGGGGACGUGGAGCAACAGUCUGCAGGAUGGAUACGGCACUGAAACCUACUCUGAUGGAGGAACCUACCAUGGCCAGUGGCUGGGUGGGAUGCGUCAUGGGUACGGUGUGCGACAGAGCGUGCCAUACGGCAUGGCAGCCGUCAUCCUCUUCCCUCUGCGAACAUCCAUAAACUCUCUCCGUUCCGAGCACAACCACGGCCCCCCUGCUGUGUUCGAGGAUGGCACUGCCUCCACGCCCACGGAUGGAGUGGUGGCUGGGUUGGCUGGCAGCCCGGUGGGCCGAGGUGGCUUUGCCCUGACCGCCCCAAGUGAAGCUGAACGCCAGAGAAAGAGGAAAGGCCGCUUUCGGCAGUCUAUCCUAAGUGGACUGAAACUGCGACGCUCUGAAUCCAAAAGCUCACUGGCCAGUCAGCUCAGCAAGCAAAGUUCCUUCUGCAGUGAGGCUGGCAUGAGUACAGUCAGCUCAGCCGCCUCCGAUAUCCACUCCAAUGCUAGUGAGAACGAACAGAGUGCCCCCGUGGAUGCAACUGUGACAGAAAUGUACGCAGGCGAGUGGCGUAGCGACCACAGGGCCGGCUGGGGGGUGAGUCGCCGUUCGGAUGGCCUUCAGUACACAGGCGAAUGGGCGGCGAACAAAAGGCACGGGUACGGAUGCACCACCUUCCCAGACGGCACCAAGGAGGAGGGGAAGUACAAGCAGAACAUGUUGGUGAGCGGCAAGCGCAAGAACCUGAUCCCACUGAGGGCCAGUAAAAUUCGGGAGAAGGUAGACAGAGCUGUGGAGGCUGCUGAAAAGGCUGCAGAAAUUGCCAAGCAGAAAGCUGAGAUUGCCAUGUCAAGAAUGAGCCACGCUCGGGGAAAGGCGGAAGCGGCUGAGGGAGUUGCACAGAAGGCCGUGGAAGAAUGCCGACUGGCCAGGAUAGUAGCCAAAGAGCUCUCACCCUCCUUCUUCAUCUAUGGCAAUGGACUCGAAUGUCAGAGGCCUCAGCACCAAGACGCCAAGGACAAAGACCACGAGGUCAUCUCUACAGGAACAGACAGUCCGGAGCUGUGUACUCCCGACACCACGCCGCCUGUAAUAACACCCGAGCUUAGCCCCGUGCUGAAUGUCUCUAUAUGUCCACCCCGCAGCCCACCCAAGCAUGUCCAUCGUUCUAGAAAUGCUUGCUUUAUGAGACAAAGUGCUGUGGAUGAUCAGGGUGGAGCAGAAAUCCAGGUGCUUGUUGAAACGCGGGGGAUGGACCUAUUGAAGGGCGAGGCCAUCAACUGGGCAGAUGACAUGUACCCUGAUCGAGGAUGCAGCAGCCGCUCCACCACACCCUCUCUACUAGAAGAACAGGAGGGACAUAUGAAUGGCCACGAUCCAGCUCCUUUGUCCAACCACAAGCUACGGGAGAAAUCCAUGUCCAAUCACAAGGUCCGGGAGCACACUUCCUCCCACAGAGCGUGGGAGCACUCUUUGUCCAACCAAAAGUCAUCCAAACAUGCAUCUUCCAAUCACAAGUCAAGGGAGUACACGUCAUCCAAUCACAAAACAUGGGAUCAUUCUUCUACCAACCAUAAGGCUUGUGAACAUGUCUCUUCCAACUACAGGCCUCAGGUGCACAUUUUGUCCAAUCACAAGGCCUUGGAACAUAACAUGUCCAAUCACAAGACAUCUGAGCAUGCUUCCAACAAUCACAACUCCCAAGAUUACAUAUCUUCCAAUCACAACCCCAAGGACCACGUUGCCUCUAGUUACAACCCCCGAGAGCAUGCCUUCUCCAACCAUCUAACGCAGCACAAUUCCUCCAACCACAAGCUGAGUGAGCAUGCUGUAAUUGACCAAAGGCAAGAUGACCUCAACGAGGGUUGGACUGCAGAAAGCACCCUCAGGUGGAGCCCCGCCCACUCACGCCUCGCAGAGCAAGAUGAAGAGAGGAUGAAUGAAUAUGCCGUUGAUUUGAGGCUUCAGUGUCCAGAUACGCAGAAAAAAACGGCGCCCAAAAACAACCGGCUGCGAUCCCGCGGUUUGAGACCAGUCAGAGAAGGAUCUAUGGACUCCGUCCAGAUGCUGGACAAUCUGAGUGUGGGGGCGGAGCUUGAGGAAUGGCCACUGCAUCGGGACCUCACGCUAUCCCCGCCGCUUCAGUCUCAGCCCAUCGUUCUGGAGCAGGAAGGAGAGCUUCUUACCCUCAAAUCAAACUCAGGCUCCAGCUCCAUUCUGGUGGUUAUGGUCAUCUUACUCAAUAUUGGAGUAGCAAUUCUUUUCAUUCAUUUCUUUAUUUAAGCUUAUACAGGUAUGAUCAACAAAGACUUAUUGAUUACUGCAGUAUAUUAUAUUCUGACUUACCAAGAUGGAUGUUCUGCUUUUUUCGACUGGAGCCCACAGCCUGAAUGAUGGUUACAGCAGUGAAGAGGCUCAUCGAGUUUCUGCGUGACCGAUGCUCCUUUCACGUUUUUUUUUUUUUUGCUUACAACCAUGAAAAAGGUGAUUGAAUAACACAGAAAGUGACGGCUUUAAACUACUGAGGCGUGUUUGGACUAAUGUGCAUGGGUGUCCAUUGCAUACUGUUACAUUGACUGGCACAGGCAGUUUUGGCCAGUUUUUUUGUCAAAAAUGCAAAACUCAUGCUUCCUAAUUAUCAUGAAAAACAUUCUAACCAAGAGCACGAAAAUCGGCCUCCUUCCUGUAUUGCACAUACAAACCAACCUUUUGUCUUUUCACCAUUUCAUAUCUUGUUCACCUCAUUCACCAGUUUCCUGCUGUCUGUUCUCACUAUGCGAUACAUCCAGAACUAUGCUCCAAGAGUAGAUUCCUUUAAAGGGCUCGGCCAUUAUGUUUUUUUAUUUAUACAAACCUAUUUGCAACUUUUGCAUGAGGCUGCGUGGAGCAUUAAAUAAAAUGCAUUGUCAAUCCCUUUAACAUCACCAUUCUGUCUGCAUUCGUUUGGAUUCCAGUCCGAGUGAUAACUUUGUGUACUUGUGUAACCCUGCGCGGACCAGGACUCAAACCUAUGACCACACGCCGACCUCUGUCUGAGAGUCAAGCAUGCGAGCCAAUAGGCUGAAAAUGUCACGUGUUCAACUCGGGUUGCUAACUCCCUGAAAAAUGAACGAGGGACAACUUGUUGGCAGCGCCAGCCAACCAGAUCGUCUUCACUCCUACCAGUGGGAUUUAUUUUUGCAUUUUUUUAAAUGUUUCAAACCGUUCUUUUGGUUUGGAGUAAUAUGAAUACAAAGGGAAACACAUUAAAUUUUUCAGUGCAAAAUAACAACAUUAAUAGAGUAAAUCAAAGAGCUGUCUUUUGGCGUUUUCCUGUUAAAGUCGCCACAGCGAGACAAUCGCAUGAUUAAAUAAAUUUUUAUUCUCGAAACUUUUGCUGACACAUUUGUACUUGCGCUCUUUUCGUCUGAAGGCAGACGCUUGUCCUGUAAACUGCCAGAGAUGAACACAAGUUAACAAAUUCUGUUACAGUGGUACUUCGGCUUACUGAUUUAAUUGGUUCUGUGAUGGAGUUUGUAACACAAAAUGCUCUAAUUUCAAAUCAAUGUUAAUCAUUGAAAUUAAAUGAAAUUCUGUUCUGGGCCCUACUAGAACCCCACAAACAUGAAGCAUACAUUUGAUUAAGAAAAACAAACUUCUAGAUAGCGAAUACUGUAUAAAAAACAAUACAAUAAACAAAAAACAUUCUACAGCAGUAUUGGAGCAUUGGAGAGAGGACCUCUACGGUAUCACCUGCAAGCUCAAACCCAUCGUCAUCAGCUUUUCCAUAUUUUUAUGGAUAAAUAUACGCCGUUUAGACAUUACUUUAACACCCUUGGCUGGCGUCAUUGACUCAUUGUGCUUCAGUAUGGUGCAGAGACUCAGUGCUAUGCCAAGCUGACUAAACUCACACGGCACACCUCAAUCAUGAUUGUUCAAUGGAUAUCAUCCGCUUUUUCUUCUCAGCAGGGUCCUUCAAUGCUUGCUAACUAUUAGCAAUUACAUUUUGGUAGGAUUUUACGGGGUUCACUGUGACAUUCGUUACGUCAACUAGCAGUGGGGAGGCUCCAAACCAAAAUUUUGCUCGAAAACCUAAAGCAUAACAAUUAGCCAAGAGACAGCUUGUAUAGCAAAACCUUGUGAGCUGGGGCACUCGUAAGCCAAAGUCCAACUCCAUUUUAUUCUCUCAUUGGCGACAGAGCAGGGAAUACGUUUUCCUCAAAAUUUCAUAUUAAGUGCCCUCAUCCAUCCAUCCAUCCAUUUCUACCGCUUAUUCCCUUCGGGGUCGCGGGGGGCGCUGGAGCCCAUCUCAGCUACAAUCGGGCGGAAGGCGGGGUACACCCUGGACAAGUCGCCACCUCAUCGCAGGGCCUGUAUUAAGUGCCCUGUCAUUCAUUAAUUCCAUUGAUAUUUUAGACUCCUUUUGAUUCUCACGGUAAUAUGCAACAAAAUGUGUCCCUUUUACAUGUACUAUUUUUUUCUAAAUACGUGACAGUUCCGUUUUUCUAGGCACGAUUGACAACCCUACUUACGACCCACCGACUAGCCCGGUUCUCACGGCUAACAUAGCCGGCAUCUGUAACACUUGUUUGACAUCCAACAUUACAUCAACCACAUUUUUGGAUCUGGCAAACCUAGCAUCCUGUUUGAUUCAUGAACAUUUUGUAAGUCAACAUGUUUCAAGAUUUAUACUCAAGGAAAUUCCUGAAUUCAAAAGACAAUUUUAUGUCAGCACUCCUUGCACAUGGACACACAUUCGCAUGGCGACUCAACAUAUGACACAUGUAUCUGCUGACAUGCUGAGGGGAAUUCAGAAUGUCACUUUGUAUAGCCUCUAGACUGUUAUGUUAUAUGACCACUAAUUAUACUAUAAUACAUGUAUGUGUCAUUAUUAUUAUUCCAGUUUGACACUUUUUUGAGUGAGUCAGAGAGAAUUCAGAGUAUUUGUUACUAAUUCACUAAAUUUACCAAAAUUGGCAGGCUAAGACCUCCACUCCUCUUCACACACUCCCUCCUCAACAAGGAAUGGCAUGCACUGUUUUGACUCUCUGUCCAAGUCGUCCAAAAAGGGAGAGUGGGGUUAAUUACCACCGCGUCAUUACCAGAUAGGCCAGAGGAGAUUUGUCCGCAUGGUUGUUCCGCUCAAUCUGGUGUCGGUUUGUUCUCUUUUGUCUGUUUUGUUCAGUAACACAAGUCUACGCGAGACAUGGAGAGCAGUGAUAAAAUAAACGCUCGCUUGUAACUCUCAGAGAUUAAAUGAAUUUAUGAAUAAUAUGAAAAGAAACUCUCUACUAUUGUAUGUUUUAUACUUCGCACCCAGUGGCAUCAUCAUGUUGUGACAUCAUUGCAUGCCCGAGCAUGCUCUUUCUUACGCUUUGGUUUAUGAGGUUGUUUUCAAGUUACUGUGGAGAAAAUAAUAAAAUUGUUUGAAAUAUUAA